AUGGGUAGUUACGCAGUCAAGAAGGUCAAAAAAGCAAAGAAAGAGCCAAAGAGAGUGGCAGGCAAGAAGCAGAAGGAGGCAGAAAGCACCUGCAGCCUGAUGUCCGAGCUUCCCUUCGUGAACACAGAGGUCUGGAAGGAGCUGGGCUUCUCCAGCGCAGAAUCGAGCGUGAAGAAGAAGCGUAAGAGAGGAGACAGCGCUCGAGUGGAGAGUGAGGAGGAUGGUGAGAAGAAGAAGAAGGAGACGGCUCGCCCAAACUACUUUGUCUCGGUGCCAAUCACAAACCCAGAGAUCAAGCAGGUGGUGCAGGAUGUGCAGAAGCUGCUGCUGGAGAAGGAUAGUCGUCUGUCCCGAGCGCUGAUACCUGUGGACACUCUACACAUCACUCUACUGGUGACUCACCUGAGCACACAGGAGCAGCUGGAUCUCGCUGCGUCUACAUUGUCAGAGCUGGAGUCUCCUCUGAACGCACUGCUGGGGGGCCGGAGGCUGGUCCUGCCCUUCUGUGGAAUCGGACACUUUAAACAGGAAGUGGCUUUCGUUCAGAUCACGGAAGGAGAGCAUCUGACCACACUCACGCUCAUGGCAGGUACAACAUUGCUCAUCCGCUCAUCUGUGUUCAUGCUUCAGAUGUGCCAGUCUGCCAUUGGUCAGUCAAACUGA